UGUCCUGCAGCAGCCACCUUGGAAGAGGUAGUGUUGAUGUCCGACGUCAGACAUGUCUGCUCUCCGUCUUCUUCUUCUUCUUCGCGCCAACUCCGCACGUCCUGCUCUUCUUGCUGCCACGGCCCAUCGGCAGAUCCACGUGGAGACUCCGCCCAUCAGACCAGCGCUGAGCAGCAGCUACGCCCACGGCACUUCCUCCAUCACGCUGCAGCACGCCACGCUGGGCGAGGCCCUGCUGAAGACGGCGGAGCGCUGGCCUGAUCGCGAGGCCUUGGUGUUCGUGCAAGAUGGCGUCCGCAAGACUUUCGCUCAGUUCCAGGAGGAGGUGGACCGCCUCGCCGCCGGCCUGCUGGCUCUGGGUCUGCAGACGGGGGAGCGCCUGGCCUUGUGGGCGCCCAACACCUACACCUGGAUCUUGUUCUUCUUCGCCAGCGCCAAGGCGGGACUCGUCCUGGUCUGCCUCAAUCCCGCCUAUCAGCUGCAGGAGGCGGAGUUUGCGCUGCGGAUGGCCGGCUGCAAAGCGCUGGUGUGUCCCGAGAGCUUCAAGAGCCAGAAGUACUGCGCCAUGCUGCGACUUCUGUGUCCCGAGCUGGAGUCUUGCCAGGCAGGAGACCUGCAGAGCCGCAGACUUCCCGACCUGCGCAGCGUGAUCGUCCUGGACAGCCGCCAGCCCGGAACCUUCCACCUGGAUGAGGUGCUGCAGGCGGGCAGCAGCCGCUUCCUGCGCCAACUUGAGCAGCUCCACAGGAAGUUGUCCUUUGACCAGCCCGUCAACAUCCUGUUCACCUCCGGAACGACGGGACGACCCAAAGGCGCCACCUUGACGCACCACAACAUCGUCAACAACGCCUUCUUCUGGGGCAAACGCGUGGGCUUCGACUGGCGGCCCGACACACGAGUCUGCCUUCCUGUGCCGCUGCACCACUGCUUCGGCUCUGUGGGGGGCGCCGUCUGCAUGGCGGUGCACGGCAUCUCGCUGGUCUUUCCGUCGCCGUCGUACGAUUCCAGAGCCAACUUGGCCGCCGUGGACAGCGAAAAGUGCACCUUUGUGUACGGCACACCCACCAUGUUUGUGGACAUGAUCCACCAGCCUGACCUGCACCUGUACCACCUGUCCUCUCUGCUCGCAGGCAUCAUCGCUGGCUCGCCGUGUCCUCCCGAGCUGGCAAGGAAGGUGAUGUCCAUCAUGGGAAUCAAGGAAGUCACAAUAGGAUAUGGAACCACAGAAAACAGUCCUGUGACCUUCUGUGGCUCGCCCUUGGACAACCUGGAGAGGAAGUGUGAGACUGUGGGCUACAUCAUGGACCACACUGAGGCAAAGAUUGUGAACCCCAGCAGCGGGGAGAUGGUUCCUCUGGGCUGUUCAGGGGAGAUCCUGAUCCGUGGCUACUGUGUGAUGAGGGGCUACUGGGGCGACCCCCACGCCACACACCUGUCCAUCACUCAGGAGGGAUGGUACAAGACCGGGGACCUGGGCAGCUUGGACGAGUUUGGCUACUGUCGCCUGCAAGGUCGCAUCAAGGACAUGAUCAUCCGAGGAGGAGAGAACAUUUACCCUGUUGAGCUGGAACAGCUGAUCCACACACACCCCAAAGUCAAAGAAGUGCAGGUGGUGGGGGUGGAUGACCCCCGCAUGGGGGAAGAAGUUUGUGCAUGUGUGAAAGUGGCAGAUGACCAGGAACUCACUGAGGACGACAUCAAGAAUUUCUGCAAAGGAAAGGUGUCCCACUUCAAGGUCCCUCGCUACGUGGUGUUUGUGGGCGUGGCCCUAAGGUGUGUGUGUGUGUGUGUGUUGCAGGUGUCCCACUUCAAGGUCCCUCGCUACGUGGUGUUUGUGGGCGUGGCCCUAAGGAGUGUGUGUGUGUGUUGCAGGUGUCCCACUUCAAGGUCCCUCGCUACGUGGUGUUUGUGGGCGUGGCCCUAAGGAGUGUGUGUGUGUGUGUGUGUUGCAGGUGUCCCACUUCAAGGUCCCUCGCUACGUGGUGUUUGUGGGCGUGGCCCUAAGGAGUGUGUGUGUGUGUGUGUUGCAGGUGUCCCACUUCAAGGUCCCUCGCUACGUGGUGUUUGUGGGCGUGGCCCUAAGGAGUGUGUGUGUGUGUGUGUGUUGCAGGUGUCCCACUUCAAGGUCCCUCGCUACGUGGUGUUUGUGGGCGUGGCCCUAAGGAGUGUGUGUGUGUGUGUGUUGCAGGUGUCCCACUUCAAGGUCCCUCGCUACGUGGUGUUUGUGGGCGUGGCCCUAAGGAGUGUGUGUGUGUGUGUGUUGCAGGUGUCCCACUUCAAGGUCCCUCGCUACGUGGUGUUUGUGGGCGUGGCCCUAAGGAGUGUGUGUGUGUGUGUGUGUUGCAGGUGUCCCACUUCAAGGUCCCUCGCUACGUGGUGUUUGUGGGCGUGGCCCUAAGGAGUGUGUGUGUGUGUGUGUUGCAGGUGUCCCACUUCAAGGUCCCUCGCUACGUGGUGUUUGUGGGCGUGGCCCUAAGGAGUGUGUGUGUGUGUGUGUGUUGCAGGUGUCCCACUUCAAGGUCCCUCGCUACGUGGUGUUUGUGGGCGUGGCCCUAAGGAGUGUGUGUGUGUGUGUGUUGCAGGUGUCCCACUUCAAGGUCCCUCGCUACGUGGUGUUUGUGGGCGUGGCCCUAAGGAGUGUGUGUGUGUUGCAGGUGUCCCACUUCAAGGUCCCUCGCUACGUGGUGUUUGUGGGCGUGGCCCUAAGGAGUGUGUGUGUGUUGCAGGUGUC